CGUUUGUAUCUGCACAGACAACAUCAUCGGUUCCUCUGGAAAGCGUUUGUGGUGCCACAGUGGUCAACGAUAAAUCAACAAUGAUCUCCAACGCAAUUGUUUCUCUGGUGUUGAUCGCCACUACUUUGACAAGCACCGCCUAUGGAUUCUGCUUGCCUCCCCAAGGCUGGCACGCCAAGAGCCUCGUGGAACGGAUCGAGUUAGAUGAGGUCAAUCUCGCCAUCGUUGCUUACGUCGAUGCCGUCUACCCCGGUCCCCAUGGAGCCAGGGGUCCCUACACUGCAGACCUCAGUGUGAUGUGCGUCUAUAAGGACACCAAUGGUGCUGGUAGUGAGCUCCCUCUUCUGUUGAAGGGAGUGGAGGGUUUUGGCGGGUCCUGGGACUGUGCCGACACAAAGGUUGAAGAAGGGCGUCAAUAUAUAAUGCUCCUUCACCGUGAAGGGGACGGCCUGAAGGUUGCUGAGGUCAACAAUCAAGAAGGGGCAGAAGAGGCUCUCCCGUCCCGUGUGUUAAAGGUGGAGGAAAAAUAUUCCUGUAUGUAAAUGGACAUCUGUAUUGUUAGUGUCCACUGCUGGAAGCACCACACACCGUUCCUAAUCUAGAUGUCAACAGGCUUUGAUGAGUACCGACAUACAAAAUGUAGAUGUAGAUGUAGAACACUAUAAGUUUUAAGAGCAACUAUAAAAUGUAAAUAUU